CGGCUCUUCACAACAGCAAACUGUAAACGCACAAAAUGUAGCAAUGGCUGAACAUGAAUUAGAUAUGAUUACUGAUACAUUUUAUAGGAUUGUUGAUUCGUGUUAUAAAAAAUGCAUUCCACCAAAAUACAUCGAUAGUGAAUUAAAUAAAGGUGAAUCCGUUUGUAUCGAUCGAUGUGUCGCCAAAUAUUUUGAAGUUAAUACAAAAGUCGGAGAGGCAUUACAAAAGAGGGGCCAACAAGCCGGCGUAGGUGGGUCCGUUACGGGAUUUGGAGCAUGA